UCUGUGCAUUAAACAAAGUAUACAAUCAAUUUAACUCAAAUUUCUUGGUGAUGAGCUUAAUAAUAGACAUUUGUGACCAAAAAACAUUUUUGCUUAUUUAAUCAAUUAAAAUGUGUUCAGCAACGACAAAAACAAUCAUAGUUUCCUAAAAUAUGUGGUUGAAUUCAAUAGUAAGAAUAUAUUAUUUGCCAAAAUCGAUUUAAAUCAAUGAAUAAUUCGAAAAGAAUGGUGCGAUUUUCAUAGUGCACGGAAUUCAUUUCAAUCAAUAGAACAUUCCGAACCGAUUAAGUGUUCCAGAAAUGUUUCACCAGACAUCAAUAUGCUCGUUGUUUGUUGCCACCAGAAGCAAGCGUACAAUUUUAAAAUGUUUGGUACUUUUAAUUUUUGGCUUCGCUGUGCUGUUGUACAUCAUUGAUUUUUCAUCGUUGCGAUUAUUACCACUCAAGUUUCCGCUGACAUUUGGUAAUGGGUUCGAAGAGAAUCGAAAAUGGGAUUGGAAGUUUGUGGAAGAUAUGAAUGAAGAGGAUAAAGUUUUGUAUAAAUCAUAUUUUAUAAACACAGAAGGAUGUCGUAUGCCUAGUUUCAAAGUUUUUGACGAUAAUGUAAAGAAAUAUUUAUUAGACAUUCGACCCAUUCAAUGCGGUGGCAAGCCGUUAGUUAGAUCAAACAACAAUUACCUAUGGAUCGAUUUAAAUGUGACUGAAAUCGAAAGCACGUAUGACAUCGAUUAUAUCGAUGAAUUGCAGUGUGAAUACCAGCCAUUUCGACGGAAAAAUGAUUUUGAAAACGAGUACCCAAAACCCAGUCAAAAGGUUCGAUUUAAAUUUGGUGACGUUGUUCGUGUGCCGGAAGAAUUUAUUCGGGUUAUUUGUCGAGUGCUGGGACGAAAAAAGGCAAUUUAUGAAGACUAUCAUUUUUUCACGAAAAACAAAAAAACAACAACCGAAUCGCUGAAUCAUAAAACUCGAAUGGCAAACGAUGACAAUAACAAUGAUAGUGAGAAAAAUAAAAGCAAUGAACCGAUAAAUGUUAUGGUAAUUGGUAUCGAUAGUGUAUCACGUUUAAAUUUUCAUCGUCGUAUGAAUGAAACGGCCGAUGUGCUGCUGAAUAAUUUGAAGGCAAUCGAAAUGUUUGGAUUUAAUAAAGUUGCCGAUAAUACAUACCCAAAUUUGGUGCCAACGUUGACGGGUCUUGAUGAGAACGAACUUAUCACCGCAUGUAUUCCAACGGAAAAUGAUACAUACGAUCGCUGCAAUUUCAUUUGGAAAACAUUCAAAGAGAAGAAUUUUACAACAGCAUUUGUUGAAGAUAAUGCAGCGCUUGGUUUAUUCCAAUAUUUGAGACGUGGAUUUAAGGAUCAACCAACCGAUUACAGCAUGCGUCCAAUUUUAAUAGAAAUGGAGCAUCACACGGCUAAGCAAAAACAGUCGAAUACAUUUUUGUGCAUGGGAAAGCGGCGAACGUUUGAUGUUUUUUUUGAAUAUGUACAAAAAUUUAUCACAUCAAUGACAGACCGUCUACACUUUUCAUUCUUUUGGUCAGCCAGCUACACGCAUGAUUACCUCAAUAUGCCGGUCAUCAUUGAUAGUGACUUGGCCGAAUUUCUGAGUGAAAUGCAAAUAUCCGGCGCUUUGGACAAUUUAUUUUUAAUUUUAAUGAGCGAUCAUGGCUUGCGAUGGGGUGGUUUCAGAAGCACAUAUCAAGGUAUGGUAGAAGAGAGACAGCCAUUUUUAUUUUUCAUUCCGCCCAAACGAUUCGCCGAACGAUAUCCCGAAGCAAUGCGAAAUUUAGUAAGAAAUCGUCGUCGUUUGAUUACACAUUUUGAUUUGUACGAAACUUUACGGGAUUUAGCCGAUUUAAAAACACUCGAAUCAAAUGCAAUAAGAGAACGAGCCAAAGACUUAAAAGAAGCAGACCCAUUGCCGCGUGGCAUUAGUGCAUUUUUACCAAUUCCAUCGUCAAGAUCGUGUUACGAUGCAGCCAUAUCAGCACAUUGGUGUACGUGUCACGAAAGAUUUGAUUUGCCAGCAACGGAUCCUCGGGUCAGCGAAGUCGCUCGAUUAAUUGUUAGUGAAAUAAAUGCAUUGAUUAAGCCAUAUCCACAAUGUCGACUUUUACGAUUAAAUUCCGUUUUUAAUGCAAAUUUAGGCACUUCAAAUGAAAACUUUCGAAAUGUUACAAAUAAUUUUGUCGAUGUAACGGUUCGAUUACAAACUAGGCCCGGACUUGGUGAAUUCGAAGCAACCGCUCGCAUUCAUGAAAACAACAAUUUCGAAUUGACCGGAACAGUUAGUCGAACCAAUUUAUAUGGAAAACAAAGCUAUUGUAUCGACGAUUACAAAUUGAAAUUGUAUUGUUUUUGUGAUAAAUUCCAAUAAUAGCAAUUACAUAUGAUGACAAUAAAGAUGAUUGAAUAGAUUGAGUAGAGUAUAUUCGAUAUUUUGUACACCGAUUAAGCAUAUGUAUUAUGGUAUUGUUCUUAUCCUAAAAAAAAUAGCCUUAUUAUUUGGAAUAAAAUAUUGUUUUAAAACAAAAUGACCGAAAUUUCAUCACUAA